AUGCCCCUUGGUGGGGUCACCACGAGGUCCAAGGUCACCCCCUCGAAGAAGCCACCGGCAGGGGUCCCGACGAAGAGCAGGUCGACGUUGAUCUCCCGAGGCGGUGCUCCUGCCCUGACGGCGGCCAGUGCCGCCGGGGGCCCAACUGCUGCCCCCUCGUCCGCUCCUGAGAUCCAUGCACCCUCAUCCCAGGCUGCGAAGCCUUCGGGCUUCACGCUCCAGAAGAGGCCGAGGGACUACGCCGCCGUGGACCAGCCGACGCCGGUGGCGAAGAAGAAGAAAGAGGGAGCGCCUACGCCUUCUGGGACACUGCAGCCCAUCGCAGCCGCGCCUCCUCCGGUGCGGAAGGGUAGCGACGGCGCCCAUGCUUCUCCAGCUCGGUCAUCCUCGCGAGGCCCAGUAGACUGGCCUCAGGAGAAGGCGACCUCCACAGCCAAGGCGGCUCCGGAGGCGCCUAUCCCCAGCUCGCCCGCCGAUGUUCCAAGGGUUCAGGAGCCCCCGGUUUCUUCUUCUACCGCCACUAGCGCACAGGCCACGACGACGACGCUGCCUCCUCCUCUUCUCAUCAUGCCGCUGGCCCGCGAUCCUUCUACUUCGCAUGACGCCCUGGAGGAGGCUUUUUCUGCACUGACCCGGCUUCGGGGCGACCUCCAAGGCCCCAACCGCCGCCUGGCGUCAGGACACUUGGAGCUGAUUUCGGGGUGGCUGCGUUCUGAUGCGUCCAUCCGGGCGGCAUGGAGCCACCCGUAA